AUGGCAUCCUCACGACUAUCACACGACGACUACACGAUCGCGUGGAUCUGCGCAUUGCCCCUCGAAAUGGCGGCCGCGAAGGCCAUGCUCGACGAUGUCCAUGAUUCUCUUCCCCAGCCGCCAACCGACCAUAAUACGUACACGCUGGGUCGACUCGGCGGCCAUAAUGUGGUAAUUGUUUGUCUACCGUCAGGGAUUUAUGGGACCACCUCAUCCGCCACCGUACUGGCCGAAACGCGAUCGACAUUCCCAUCUCUCCAGUUUGGGCUGAUGGUUGGUAUUGGAGGCGGCGUACCCAGCAAGGUGGACAUUCGACUCGGUGAUGUGGUGGUUAGCCAGCCAACGGCGACUACUGGCGGCGUGAUCCAAUAUGACUUCGGCAAAACAAUCAGUGACGGACGGCUUCAGCGGAUUGGGUGUCUAAAUAACCCUCCGCAGGUUCUAUUAACGGCGGUCAGUCAAAUUCAAAGCGACUCUAUGUCCGGACAGCGCCAGAUACGGCAAAUUAUAGAGAAUACACUCACACACAAUGCUACAUUAAAUAGCCGAUUUUCUCAACCUCGCAACGACCGGCUUUUCCACGCGACAUGCAAGCACCAGGACGAUGCUAGUGAUUGUUCUACCUGUGACCAAAAUCAAUUAAUCAGCCGUCGGCCGCGAGCAACGGAUGAACCUUAUAUUCAUUAUGGGCUGAUUGCGUCAGGAAAUCAGGUGAUGAAAGAUGCACAGACCCGAGAUACGAUCGCAGAUGAACUGGACAUCCUUUGUUUCGAGAUGGAGGCUGCGGGCCUGAUGAAUCAACUGCCAUGCCUGGUGAUCCGAGGGAUCUGCGACUACUGCGACUCCCAUAAAAACAAAAAAUGGCAGGGCUAUGCAGCGUUGACCGCGGCGGCGUAUACCCGAGAGCUUUUAGGAAUGGUCCCUGUUCAAGACCGGAAGAAUCAUCAGAAAUCGAGACAGCAACGUUGGAUGGUUCCGUUUUCACGAAAUUCCCUAUUUACCGGUCGCCGCGAGGAAAUCACAAAGGUAGAGAACUUACUCUCGGCCCGUGACGGACCACGAAAGAUUGCUCUGACAGGACUAGGAGGAGUUGGGAAGACUCAAGUGGCACUGGAACUGGCUUAUCGCAUGCGAGAUCGUGAUACCAAAUGCUCCAUCUUUUGGAUUCCGUCUGUAAGCCAUGAGAGUGUGGAACAGGCGUAUAUGAGCAUGGCGGAACGCCUUGGGCUACAAGACAUUCAUCCAGCUAAUGUCAAAAUGCGCGUUAAGGCGCACCUAAGUAAUGAGAAGGCGGGUCAGUGGCUGCUGAUCUACGAUAACGCCGAUGAUACCAAUAUGUGGUUCUCUGACAACGGCACGACAACGGGGCUCAAGAGCUUCCUCCCCCAAUGCGAUUAUGGCCGCAUUAUCUUCACCUCACGUAAUCGAAAACUGGCCAACAGGUUGGCGCCGUCUCAUGCCAUCCCCAUUGCUGAGAUGGAUGAAGGAACGGCUCGGGAGACUCUUCGAAGCUUUGUCAUUCAAAAAGAGCUUCUGGAUGAUGAUACUACCACUAUUGCCCUUCUCCGGCAGCUAACAUUCCUUCCGCUGGCUAUCGCUCAGGCGGCAGCCUAUAUCAAUGAAAAUGGCAUUAAUUUGUCACAAUAUUUAGUACUAUUACAGGAACAAGAAGAAUACAUCGUGGAGUUAUUAAGCGAAGAUUUCGAAGAUGACGGACGCUAUGCGGAUAUUCAGAAUUCUAAAGAGAAAACUGACGCACUUGGUCUUUUGAAUGCGUAUUCCUUUAUUAGCAUACAGAAAGACGAAUCUAUUAGCCUUCAUCGAUUAGUUCACCUGGCCAUGCGGAACUGGAUGAGAGAGAAAGAAAAGCUGGAAUUUUGGACAUGCAAAACAGCCGAUCGACUUAUUACAAUAUUUCCAGAUGAUAGUCAUCGCAAUCGCAAGCUAUGGCGGGAAUAUCUACCUCACGCAUUGUUCCUCAUAGAAGGACCUGAGUUUCAAGAAGAGAAGGUGAAAUACCUUUUCUUACUUGAUCGAGUUGGGAAAUGCCUUUUCAGGGAUGGGAGGUAUAAUGAAGCAGAAGGUUUAUAUCGUAAUAUAACAGAAACUUGCCAACAGAUGCUUAGACCAGAACAUCCCCACACUCUGAUCAGCAUGGGUAACCUCGCUUUUACAUACCGGAAUCAAGGCCGGUGGAAGGAGGCUGAAGAGCUUCACGUGCAGGUGAUGGAAAUGAGCAAACAGGUGCUUGGAGCAGAACAUCCUGACACUCUGACCAGCAUGAAUAACCUCGCCUACACUUGGAUAUUGCUAGGCAGGUGGAAGGAGGCUGAAGAGCUAGAGGUGCAGGUGAUAGAAACUCGCAAACAGGUGCUUGGAACAGAACAUCCUGACACUCUGACCAGCAUGAAUAACCUCGCGUCUACAUACUCGAAUCAAGGCAGGUGGAAGGAGGCUGAAGAGCUAGAGGUGCAGGUGAUAGAAACUCGCAAACAGGUGCUUGGAACAGAACAUCCUGACACUCUGACCAGCAUGAAUAACCUCGCGUCUACAUACUCGAAUCAAGGCAGGUGGAAGAAGGCCGAAGAGCUGGAGGUUCAGGUGAUGGAAGUAAGCAAACAGUUGCUUGGACCAGAACAUCCCCACACUCUGACCCGCAUGAAUAACCUCGCGUCUACAUACCAGAAUCAAGGCCGAUGGAAGGAGGCUGAAGAGCUUCAGGUGCAGGUGGUGGAAAUGAGCAAACAGGUGCUUGGAGCAGAACAUCCUGACACUCUGACCAGUAUGAAUAACCUCGCCUACACUUGGAUAUUGCUAGGCAGGUGGAAGGAGGCCGAAGAGCUGGAGGUGCAGGUGAUGGAAAUGAGCAAACAGGUGCUCGGAGCAGAACAUCCCGACACUCUAACGAGCAUGAAUAACCUCGCCUACACUUGGAAAUUGCUAGGCAAAGACGAAAUUGCGCUCCAUUUAAUGACUGACUGCGUCCAACUCCGCGCGCGGUAUUUAGGUCUUGAACACCCAAACACAAUAUCAUCAAGAGCUGCUCUUGUGAAGUGGCAGGGCGCAGAUGACUCUCCGUCUACCGCUUGCCGUUGAGGCGUGCUACUUUGAACAAAAACGUAAGGUCAACAUUCAAUCAAGUGCCGUAGGUGAAUAUCAGUCUUCGGCCGCUUGAAGCUCCUAAAGUGAGAGGUAUUCAUUCGUUUUUUUCCGCCGGGUUGGCAGUAGGGCAGAAAUAAAGAAAGAGUGUGUUGAUGAAUUCGAUAGAAAAUUCAGUAUGAACCCCGAAACCUGCUUCACCUCCUUACACCCUCUUCUUGAAAUUUGUCCCAUAUCUAGAUUAAAUAUUAUCCCUGGACUACAACUGGUUAGUUCAAUACCGCGUACAUUUGAUAUCAUAAUUUCCCAAGAGCUGGGGGGAGGGAAUCUUGACAUGCGUUACACUAAACAAUGGACUGGAAAGUAGCGCACAAAGAUGAGCCAACCAAAAGCAUAGCCGAAGCAGAAACAUGCAUAAUAACAAAGUCAAAGAGAAAGAAUGCAGGGAUAAAAAAUAUUUAGUUCUAAAUAAUGCAGAAAGACUUAUU